UAUUCCACAUUCUACUACCUUUUAAUUCGUCUUCUACUUGGGAGUGUAGAUAUAUAGAGAGAAGCCAAGAUGAGCGUAGAGAUAUUGGAUGGAGCCACCAUUCGUGACUUCCUGGAGGAUGAGGGAGCCUUCAACGGCUCCGUGGAGGAUCGGUUUGCAAGCCUCGACACCGACCGUGAUGGCCGGCUCUCGUACGCAGAGAUGGCGAGGGAGUUGAUGAGCCUUAGAGUGCUCGAGACCCACUUCGGCGUGGAUGAGGUGAAGUUGAGCCGCGACGAGCUUGUUCAACUCUAUCACGGUCUCUUCGCUCGGUUUGAUCAUGACGGCAAUGGAGCAGUAGACCUGGAGGAGUUCCGGGCUGAGAUGAGGGAGAUGAUGCUCGCGGUGGCGAAUGGGCUUGGGUUCUUGCCGGUCCAGAUGGUUGUGGAGGAGGGGAGCUUCCUUAAGAUGGCUGUGGAGAGGGAGGCAGCCAAGUAUGAGGCAUAGAGGCGUCUUAGUAACUGAGUUAUUUUAUUGUGUUUUAUUUCAUUUUUGAAACUUUGCCCUCUAUUAAAUUUAAUUUGCGAUUUCUUGCUAGGAUUGUUGUAUGGAACUGCUACUGAAUUUGUUUUCAAAAAUACCAGUCUGAGCAAAUAAAUGAGGGAAGAUGUCAAGUGUUCAGCCAUAAAAAUUA